CAGGCGUUCGUCGCGUAGUGUCCCUGGUCCUGAUUAGACUGCUUCAGAACCGAAUGUGUUUUCGCGAGGGAAACUUCACGGCUUUGGUUCCGAGUCAAACACGGUUCGAGGGAGCGGACCCAGAAUUCGUAUAACACUGGGAAUCAAUAGAUAACACACACUGAGAUACAUUUCUCCGUAGAAUUAGUUGUCAUGUCUGGAAUUGCUCUCAGUCGACUUGCGCAGGAGCGUAAAGCAUGGAGAAAAGACCAUCCAUUCGGCUUUGUUGCCGUUCCAACAAAAAAUCCAGACGGUACAAUGAAUCUUAUGAACUGGGAAUGUGCCAUUCCAGGAAAGAAGGGGACUCCAUGGGAAGGAGGGCUGUUUAAGUUAAGGAUGCUAUUUAAAGACGACUACCCCUCUUCGCCCCCAAAAUGUAAAUUUGAACCACCAUUGUUCCAUCCAAAUGUGUAUCCAUCAGGAACGGUGUGUCUGUCCAUCCUGGAAGAAGACAAAGACUGGAGACCUGCCAUUACUAUUAAACAGAUCCUGUUGGGCAUUCAAGAGCUUCUAAAUGAACCAAACAUACAGGAUCCAGCUCAGGCAGAGGCUUACACUAUAUAUUGUCAGAAUAGAGUGGAGUAUGAGAAAAGAGUUCGUGCACAGGCCAAGAAAUUCUCCCCAUCGUAAACUAGAGGGAGAGUCGGAGGAAAGGAAUGAGGGAUUAUGUGAAUACUCGUGCUGUCCUCUCACUGGGACUAAAAGGACUUAAAAUAUGACGUCUGUGCCAUCAACCCAAAUUCAUACUUUACACACUCAUCUUCCCUUUUACGUUCAUAUUCUUUCCGCCCAGAAUGAUGCCACAAAUUCUCUACCCACAGGUCCCAUCGCGUUCCCAAACUAGAAAUGUGUCUCAGACUGUUUGGAUUUUAGCUCUCUGUUCGUCUGUGUGGGAUGUCAUUUUAUUAUGUUUGUGGAUUUUCUUUUUUUGAAGUUUGUGUGUGCGCGCGAGUGUGUUACGGUGUCUGUUUUUGGAUGGUUUAUUAUGUUAUGUUAUGCAAGAUAUAGUACUUCAUGGUAAAAUUUCCCCCGAAAUGUUGAUUUAGGACCAGUUUGCACUUCAUCGGACAUGUAGAUACAUCUAGGAGAUGUUGAUAUGUCCAGAUAAGUCCAGAACAUUUGCUUGUGGGAGCAGUGGAACCAGAGUUCAGUUUUCUUCAACAUGCUGUAUGUUUCUUGUCUGUUGGAUGGGAACAUGUUUCCUGUGUUCACACAGAUUGUGUCUGUAUGUUUAAUAAAAGUCUUUCUACAAAAUAUGCCUACA